AUGCAGCAGAGCAAGUCAAAUUGCUACUUACGCGCAAACGCCUCCGCGGCUUUGGCCGCGCCUCUCGAGCGCAAAUGCUCUGAAGCGGUCGUUUGGGCCAGGCUGGCCGGCUCGGGCGAUCGGGGAAGGGAAGCCGGCUGCCGCGGCCGGCGUGCGCUUUCGGGCAGGGAUUUCUUGGGCGGCGGCGGCGGCGGCGGCGGGGUGCAGGGUUUUCCGGCGGCGAGCUUCUUCGAGGCAUUACGGCGCUCCCUCGACGCCGGCGUUGACGUGGACGCGGAGGGAAGGGGAGGCCGCGCUCGCUCUCGCAGUUCCUGGCCGGAGCCUCCGGAGGUGGCAGCGCUCGUAAACCAGCGCGGGAAGCGGCACCCGAGCGGGGGGAGCUUUAGCCCCGGAAAUGGGUUGAGAAUUGGGCACCGAGGCGACGCCCGCGUACGCAGGACCAGUGCCACCCGGGAGGGCGGGCGGGACCUCCAGGUCGGUCUCCCGCGGGUGGGCGUUGGGCCCCGAGCACCUUCGCCAGCACCGGCCUGGGAGUGGGGACCGCAGAGGUUCAGCCCCCCUGCCGGGAAGCGAGGACCCGAUCUUCCUUUGGGGAUGGUGGAAAAGAGUGGCAGGGAGGCAUGGAGCCAACUGGACCACGAGCCUGUGAAAUUGUUGCAGGGGCUGGAGAGGAUGGUCACGUCACAAUUCUCAGGAACGAGGAUGCCCACCCACGUGGAGGAUGGCAACUUCAGGCUGAGCACAAGCACAUAGACCCCAGACUGGUUGAAACCAGAAGGAUGAUUCCUGGAACAGCUCCCUGUUGUCACCAACCAAUCAGAGAAAAGUCUCAUGCCCUGCAGCCCUUCCCCCAAAUUUUGCCUAUAAAUACUCUUCCCCCAAAACCCCUUGGGGUUUUUAAGCAUGAACCGCCUGUUCUUCUUGCAUGGCCCUCGCAAUAAAUCUUUUUGGC